UCAGAUGGCUUCGAAGGCAGUCAAGUUUACCUACAAUAAUGCAAUGGUGAACUGGAUGCGCAAGUUCGCAUGGACUCACUUUUGGGGAGGACGCGAGUAUGGACUGCUUUUCCACGACCAAUACUAUGAGCCGGCUCCAGAAGUGACUGAAGCCCUUCGGCGUCUUAAUAUGAAGGAACCCCAUCUUUUCGAUGAGCGAAAGAUGCGGCUGUCGCAUGCGCACACGCUUGCCACUCACGGUGAACGACUACCGAAAAGUCAGUGGACUAAGUGGGAAGAUGAAACUUGGUACCUCAAACCCUACCUCGAUGAAAUUGAGAAAGAGAAGAGAGCUCGUGCUGAAACGACAGGUCUUAUACCCCCGUUCCAGAUGAAAGGAUUCGAAGGUCAUUGAUAGUGUAUUCUGUUAUAUUUUAGCUUAUUAGAUUCAUACUGACCUCAAAUAAAGGAUGAAUGCACUUUCAUGAGUUUUAAUAUCAGUGUAUGCAUGCG